AUGGAUGGGACACCAAUGCUGAGAGUUUCAGAAGUCAAAGACUUAGGAGUCAGGUUAAAUGCUGAGCUUUCGUUUCGUGAUCAUAUUAUUCAAUGUUGUAAGAAAGCUUACAGAAACCUGGGUUUCUUGCUUCGUACCGUUGGUGGUUUCACUAACAUAAGGGCUAUUACUGCAUUAUACAAUGCGUUGGUAAGGAGUCAACUGGAAAGUAAUGCAGUCGUUUGGGCUCCACAUGAAGCUAAGUAUAGCCUUAUGUUAGAGCGGGUGCAGAACAAAUUUGUCAGGUUCUUGUACAUGAGGCUUUAUGGGGUUUACCCAUUCUACCCAUUGAUGUACCCUACGCUAUUUGUUCUGGGCAUGGUCGGGUACAAUGAGAUAAGGUCUAGAAGGGAACUCGCGCUUGUUCUAUAUAUUUUUAAAAUAAUAAGAGGCAAGUUAUUUAAUGCGGACGUAUUAGGACAGGUGAGCCUUAGAGUGCCGGACCGGUACGUGUGGCGGAGGCGCAGGCCGCCGCUGCUGGCGCUGCCGCAAGGGCGCACCAAUUUGCUGAACAAGGCGCCGCUGGCGCGCGCUCUUGGUACUCUUAACGUCGUGGCGGAGCGGAUCGACCUGUUUUGUUGUACUCGGAGUGAACUCACAAGGGUGGCAAUGCAAGGCAAAGUUCGGCUGGCUGAAGGCUCAUUCGCAUUCAAGCAGGCGACAGCUGGAUUCGCGCGGCGGGCGGCGCCCGCGCACCGCGCGUGCCCUCCGAGCCUCGUAAACACGAUUUUUACUACCACUUGA